UACACAACCAUCUGUGGUGGAAGUAUGAAAGUGCUAACACAAAAUGGAGUAGACAAAACCCUCUCAAUAUUCCAUGGCACACAGUCAACGUCAUUCUCACUUACAAGUCCAGGGCUGUGUGAUUUCUAGAAACAGCAAGAAAUCUCGAAGAAUCUUGAUAACAGACAAGAGUGUACUUCAUCAGAAGCUGUUUCCUCUCAAAGUAAGUUAGGAGUCUAAGGGCAUCGUCAGAACAGCAGCUUCAUCUGUCAGCAGUGAGCAUGCUCAGUCCAUGGAGCAGACUCAGUAACGACGAGAGAACAAAAUCUCAUAGGUAGAAUCUCGGAGUGGUGAGCUGAGCCGAGAGAAAAGGUGAAAUGGCAGAAGAGAAAGAGGACCGGGGUGCAGGGGAAAUGCCUCCAGCUGAAGUAUAUUUGAAGACAGAUGACAAACUGAUCCUCUAUCAUUGGACUCAGUCCUUCAGUUCCCAAAAGGUGCGUUUGGUGAUUGCUGAAAAGGGACUGAAAUGUGAAGAGCAUGAUGUAAGCCUUCCACUGAGUGAACACAAUGAGCCUUGGUUUAUGCGUUUAAAUGCAUCUGGAGAAGUCCCUGUACUUGUCCACAGAGAAAACAUAAUUUGUGAUGCAACUCAGAUUGUCGACUAUCUUGAAGAAACUUUUGUAAAUGAAAACAUUCCAAGGCUGAUUCCAGAAGAAGGGAGCAUGUACUAUCCCAGGGUUCAGCACUACAGAGAGCUCCUGGAUUCCUUGCCAAUGGAUGCCUAUACACAUGGCUGCAUUCUACAUCCUGAAUUAGCAGUAGAUUCUAUGAUCCCAGCUUACGCCACAACUAGAAUUCGUAGCCAAAUAGGCAAUACUGAGUCUGAAUUAAAGAAACUUGCAGAAGAAAACCCAGAUCUUCAAGAUGCCUAUAUAGCGAAGCAGAAACGUCUUAAAUCUAAACUGAUGGAUCAUGAUAACAUAAAGUAUUUACAGAAAAUAUUGGAUGAGCUGGAAAAAGUUUUGGAUCAAGUUGAGACUGAGCUGCAAAGAAGGAAUGAAGAGACUCCAGAAAAUGGACACCAGCCUUGGCUCUGCGGUCAGUUUUUCAGCUUGGCCGAUGUAUCCCUUGCUGUUACAUUGCAUCGACUGAAGUUCAUUGGACUGGCAAGGAGAAACUGGGGGAACGGAAAGCGGCCUAACUUGGAAGCCUAUUAUGACCGUGUCUUGAAGAGAAAAGCAUUCCACAAGGUUUUAGGACAUGUCAACAACAUAUUAAUCUCUGCAGUUCUUCCAACUGCAUUUCGAGUGGCCAAGAAGAGGGCACCAAGGAUUUUUGGCACCACUCUUUUGGUUGGCUUCUUAGCUGGAAUUGGGUAUUUUGCUUUGGUGUGUCUCCGGAGGAGGUUUCCCAAUGUGAUGUCAUCCAUUAGAGCAAGGCAAAGUUAUCUGUAGAUGUUUCUUGCCAAACUGUGAAAGGACCACCAAUUACACCAAGGAUGUAAUGGGCCACAAUGUUGUUAUAUAUUAGUACAGGGGUUGCCAACAUGGCACCCUCCAGGUGUGGUUGGACUACAAUCCUCAUCAGCCAACUCUCAUGGCCAUUAGUAAGGGAUGAUGAGAGUUGUAGUCCAGCCACAUCAGCGGGCACCAUAUUGGCUACCCCAUAUGAGUAGAUUUCUGCUGUCGCACAGGUACUUAUAGAAAUGAAAUCUUGAAUAAAAAUGAAAGAAUAGCUUGGAUCUGGAGUACUGGGAGCAGAAAACUAUGGAAUGGGAUUUCCCUUUCUACUGCUAAAAAAAAUCUCUCUGGAUGGUUGAGGGACCCUUCUGAGCAGCACAGGAUGGGGCAUAGUUCCAGAAGAAGGUUGGAUUACCCAAUGUUGUGGGAGGGGAAAGGACCAUACAGAUUGCACAAAUGGUGCUCUGCUCAUGUAAUGACUUGGGUUAACUUCCACAUGCUUUGGGUCAACUUCUCAUCCUCUCAACUCAUGCUGUUCAGGAGGGCAUUUGGAGCUGCAGGGGGGUAAAAUAAUGGGAUAAUCUCCAGGCUUCUUUCUGCUUCCAGUACUCAAGAUUCUAGCUGAUAUAGCUUCCUUUUCAAAUUGUGGCUCAUAUGGCAAUAUGCAGUUGGAAAGAAUACACAACCCCCCCUCUCCCAUCUCUCUCUCUCUCUCUCUCUCUCUCUCUCUCUCUCUCUCUCUCUCUCUUAAAAGCCAUUCCUUAAUAUUUUACUUUAUGUGGUCUUUUGGCAAUUCAACAUUUCUCAUCAUUCAGUGUGAUCAGCCCUCUGCUAAUCCACCACUUAUAUAUUAUGUAAAUUUGGCCCUUCUAAAAAUGAGGAGCUUUACAUCAAUUAUAUGUUGCACCAUGACUGGAUUAAAACACAUUUUCCUAAAACACCAGUUAGUUGAAUGUACUUUGUCAGAGCAGCACACAUUUAAAUCACAUUAGGAAAGCACAUGAAAAGUAGAUUGUUAUUAGGAACAUAGCAAACGGGUUUCCAAGGCACAAAUAACAGUUAGGCACUGGACCUCUGUGGAUUGUCCAUUAGGAGGAGACACCUUGAUGGAAUUUGUGCCUUGAUUAUUCUUUGCACAGGAGUGUCAUGCAUCAUCAGUCUAUUCUGAAGCACUGUGCAUCAUGCAUUGGAUAUUGUGAGUGUAAAUCAAUAGGUGUGUUGCUUUUCUUUUAAUGUAAGCAUAUUUUUUCUGCCUGUGUAUGAAUGUAGCCCAUAAUGUGCCUCAGAAAAUGUGCUCUCCACAAAUAUAAUUUCUUCAGAAAAGACACACACACACAUUUGUAAACAGAUUUGUGUCCAAUGAACUGUAUUUUGCUUUCUGAUUAAAAUUGGUUUACCAACCAGCA